AUGUGGCGUCUACGGCCCUCAGUCGCCGUCAUCGCGGCCGUCUCGGUGCUCCUGCUCUGGUGGCAUCUUCCUCGAUAUCCGGACGCGGAUGUGAAGAGGCUACCCGUCAUCACGACGCAAUACACCCCAGAGGGUGCCACUAUCGAGUACCUACCCGGGACGCCCAAAGGACAUGGACAGUCCUACACAAAGACAGUCGUGGUUGCCAGACAAGAAUCCGAAGACGUGUCGUGGCUGGAGACGUCGAGCCUCAACGUAUCCAAGGCCAUCUACGUGGUGGACAAGCCAUCUCUCUCCCCCGGCUACGAGAUCCCACGCAACAAAGGUCACGAAGCAAUGGUGUAUCUGUCCUACAUCAUCGACCACUACGACGACCUUUCCGACGUCUCCAUCUUCGUCCACGCCCACAGGACGACGUGGCACAACAACGAUCUCCUGGACUCGGACAUGAUCAAGACGAUCGAACAUCUCAGCGACGCCCACGUCAUCCGGGCAGGGUACUUCAAUCUCCGGUGUCACCACGAGCCCGGCUGUCCCGACUGGUUGCAUCUGGAUCGGCCGGACGAGGAACUCGACACGCACCGCAAGAUGGAGGAGCGCGCCUUCUCCCUCGCCGUGUGGACCGAGUUGCACCCGAACGUGCUGCCGCCUCCAAAGGCCAUCUCGCAGCCCUGCUGUGCGCAAUUUGCCGUCUCGCGGGACCGCAUCCGAGCCAUUCCAAGGGAGGAAUACGUCCGGUACAGAGAUUGGAUCCUCCACACCGAGCUCAGUGACGUCUUCUCCGGCCGCGUGAUGGAGUAUACGUGGCAGUUCCUCUUCGCCGGCGUGUCGGAGCUGUGUCCUGCCAUGCACGUCUGCUACUGCGAUGGCUACGGGAUCUGCUUUGGCGGGGCUGAGCAGUUCCAACAGUGGUUUGACAUGCGUGCAGAGAUGCGCCGGCUCCAGGCGGAGGAGGAGGUGCCGGCCGAAGCUGAAGAGGCGAGGGCUAGGGUUCGGGACACGGAGGCGCGGCUGGAGCAAUUGAAGCAGGAAGCUUUCGCUCGGGGCAGCGAUCCGCGGCAGAGAGCUCUGGAGGCUGGACGGCCAUGGCGGGAAGGGGACGGAUUCUGA